ACCAAAAAGGGUCCAUUGGAUGCCUUUGUGACGCGAAGAGGUGGUACCCACGAUCCAGUUGCCCGCCUUUCGCUUCUAGGAGCUGGAUUGGAGCCAGUGGCAGACGACGAUCCGUAUGACGGAGAGUCUUCCAGUUUAAUUACUGAGAAGUCGCGACGGUUUGAUCGUCCGCUUUUGCGUCGUAAAUAUAAUAAAAAUGAACAUCCGACUACUGCUGCAAAGAAUGAGGCUGUAAAUGAAGAAAAGCCUCCUGCUGACUCGUGCGAUCUGCUGGGUUCAAUCAUACCAGAACAGGUGAAAACACUUGCACCAGGAAGAUUGUUUGCGAUUGGAGGUGGCCGAUUCAAUACCACAGACGAUUUCGAGAAGUACAAGGAGAGAAAAACGAAUUUGUUGUCUUCAGAGCUGAAAGCAAAACUGGGCAUUCCUGUGGACAAAGAUGAUGCCAUCGAGGCAAAAACUGAGGUUGGAAAAUCGCGGGAUAAAGGGAAGGAAAGGAAUCCGUCUUUUAAAUCAGAAGAGCAACGCAAGGUUACCGCCAGUUCACCACGCGAGACAAGCUCUGGCAUGCCUCAUCGCGCUGGUGACACCACUAGUCGAGAAACUCGAACCGUGACGGAGAAAGCUACCGUAGAGGUAGAGAUGAGAGGCGAAGGGAUUACGGUGGAUCUGGAGAUAAUCGAAGCGGUAGGGAGGACAGAACCUACCCCGAAAGACAUAGUGAGGAGAGAAGUUGGCGAGACAGCCUUGGAAAUGAGGCCAGAGCCGGAAGUCGACCAUGGGAGAGGAUUGAAGAUGGGAGAAGUCGUGAGCAGCCUCGCGGAGUAA